AUGGUGAUUUUAGAGGACCUCUACAUUGCAACGUUUUCUGUUGUAGUUGUGGUUGAAGCUUUGAAGAAACGAUUUCCAUCCUUCGACAUCGCAAAGUAAGUUGUAACUUAUAAAUAUAUUUAGGUACCUACCUAAUAAUAUUUUGACUACAUUAUCGAAUUUAUCGAAUUUAUAAUAUAUAUAUUACGGUAAAUAUUGUGAAAUCGGUUCGAUUGUUAUAUUAAAUUUAUAAUAUUUUGUAAAUGAAAACCGAAUGUGUGAUAUUAGAUUUCGCAUUAGGGUGAAUUUGUUUGCUAUUAAACCUAAAGAUAAGAACAUUGAAUAUAUUUGUACGUUAGUUUUUUUUCAAUAUUUUAAUUUUCAAGCGAGUUACGAAUAUGUAAAAUAUUACAAUAUAAAAAUCAUCUUAUCUCGCUUAAAAAUUAAAAUAUCAAAAAAAAAAAAAUCCAAAGUAUAAACACGAACAAUAUUCUCACCUUUAAGUUUCACAAGCCAAUAUCUCUUAUAUUAAAAUUAAGAGGAGAUUAAUUUAAUGGUCAUUGUUUAUUAUAAUCGUAGUUUAUGUAUCAAUCAUUUUAUGUUAUCAAAAAGUAUGAGUAUGGACUGGAUGUAUGUUUAUAUACAUAAAUAAUGUCAGUUAACGUAAUAAAUACGUCGACAAUGUUAUCAGUUUAAGGUCAUAAAAUCAAUAUUUGUACAUAAGUACGAUUUUACGAGUAUUUAAUAUAUAAUCAAAGUUAUAUCUUUUAAUGACUUAUUAUAAAGUUAAAAAUGUUUAUAUCUGAACAACCUUUUGCGUGUUGGUUUUACGUUUCGUUCGCAUACUAUUGAGACCAUAGAUAUUAUCUAUUAUUGAGAUAUUAGGUACCAACAGUAUUACGCUUGUAUAUAUCAAUGUCUCAUUUGUGUAAAAAUAAGUGAAAACCGAAAACGAAGAGAUUUCACAAAUAACUAAACAAUUUUAUUAUUACAGCGUUAUAUAUAGCGACAUACGUUUUGUUAUUCUUUCAAUUUUCAUUUAGUAUUCAGUCAUUUUAUGUUCUUAGUUUUGUCCAAUACCAAAGUGAUUACAAUAAACGGUAACCACUGUAUUAAUUAAACUAUUUAAAACCUAAUAGUUGAAUAUUUGAUCCUUCUUUAAAAGUACCUAAUUUGACUCCUAUAUAUUUAGAUCCAUUUAUGUAUAAAGGAUUUAUAAUUAUUAUAUAUGUAAGGAAUACAAAUUUAAGUAUUAGAAAAAAUGAAUUGUAGAAAUAGUUAAUGCUUCUACCUACAUAAUUCGAUUAUAUUGGAAUAUAUUGUCGACAAUUUUAUAAUUUUAUUCAAAAGCAAAUAAGGUUAAUUUGUAUUUUUAAUAUAGUGUUUAAUGAUUAAGAUAGAUAUAAUUUAAAGAUUAAUUUAUCAUAUUUUUUACAAAUGAAACGUUACUUAUUACCUAUAGUGAGUGCAUCAUUUGGGGAAUAUUAGAAUUUAGAUUCACUCAAAAGUUUAAAUGUACUAGAUAUCAAUUUGUAAAUAUUAUAUUCUUAAUCUUCAAUUUAAUAUAUUAUUAUUAUUAUUAUGUAUAAAUCAAAAUUAAAUGAAAUUUCACCAACUCUAUGAAGAAAUCAUACGUGACAUGAAUACCAAUGUAUAUUGACUAACACGAUUUCAUUUUAUUUUAUAAAAACUGCGAGAAGAAUACAAAUUGUACGAAUUGAUGUCUGAAUAUUAAUAACUGCUAAACUGAUUGUUCUUCAAAUAAUACCGAAUACUAGGUAUUGAUAUCUGAUUUCAUAAAAAAAAAUACCUUCAAAAAAAAACUAUUUUAUCAUUGUAUGUUACCAAUACUAUACUUUAUGUUAGUAAAAUGUCUGCAGUAAAUAUACAUUUUACCAUUAUAUAUUCAAUAUUGCAAAUGUACCAUUUCUAACAAGGAUAGAUAAUUAUUGUAGUUGAUUUCCCAGUUCUACUUCAUAAUUUCCGACAUCCUGUCUACCUUGUAUAAGUACGUAUAUAGUAAUGAUGUAAAACAUCUUUUUCAACAUAGUUCCAAAGAAUUAAAAAAAAAAAAUGUUUUAUAAAACAUAAAAGUAUAAAUGUUGGUACGUUAUUAUAUAUCCAAGGAAAUUCAUUUAAAAUAUAUAUAAAACAAUAAAACGGUUAUUCUAAUCGUAUUACAUAUUCUGUAAAUAGUUUGUGUAAGUACGAGUUCAACUAGAUAUCUAAGUACACAAGGUCGUUGGAUGAAAAAAAAAUUGUAUCAAUAGAGCAUUUUAGUGCGAUUCAUUGUUAAUCCAAGGUUGUUACAUUUUUCAAUUUGAUUCAUAAAAUUGCAAACAAUUAUUGUACGAAUAGGUAGCACCAUAGUAGUAUACCUAUAAUAAUAAUUAAUUUACUUAUUCGAUUGUAAUUUUUCGUAGCGAAACCAAAAUUCGGGGUUAUCUAUACCCUAUAUUAUUUAAUAUAAAUAAAAAUGUAACAUUCAUAGUUAUUAAUUAUAAUAUAUAUUAUUUAAUUUAUUAUUAUUAUAUAUAUUAUAUAUAUAUAUAUAUAUAUAUUAUAAUAUAAUACAAGUGUAAUGGAUCAAACGAAUCAAAUAUUUCCGAGUGGUGGCGAAAUUUACUUAGAUAUAGGUAAUAUAAAUAUACGAGUUACGAGUUUUGGUCAAAAAUACAAAAAUACCUACACAGAAAUUUGGUUUAGGUUUUAAUUCUCUUUAUAUUUUAGAUAUUUUGGUUGGACACGAGUAAACUACCUAAACUGUAUAUGAUAAAUAUUGAAAGAUAUUGAGUUAACUAGUUUAACACACGAAUUUUACUGGCUUCUAAUUUUACCAUUACCGAUAUUCACUAAACACUAAACAAGUUAAACUUUUUAGUGAUUUUAUAGGAAAAUCAUAAAUCAACGUGGGUAUCAUACAUAGAAUGUUAGAAUUUUGGAUCAAGGCUAUAACUGGAAACAAAUUUUUGGGGUGGGGGGUCGGUCCAACAUUUGUUUAAUAUAGAUACUGGACAGUCAUCAUUUUUAUGUUAAAAAUAUAAAAUAUCUUUGUUAUCAUUAUUAAAAAAUAUAAAUAAAAAAUAAAUAAAAUAUAAAAUACAAAUUCUUCUAAUAUUAAAUUGAUAAAAUAAUUUAUAAUUAACACACAUAUUACAACCGUUGAAUGUUUUAAAUACACUUUAUCAGGGUCUAAAAUACAUCUGAUUUCAAGUACUCUGGACACCCUUUUUAAUUCAAUUAUUAUAGAACCUUAGAAAAGAAAUUAUUAAAAAAAAAAACCUUUGGGGUUGAAGUGCCCAAAAUUCUGGAACAAAUAUAGUUUAGCUCCCAAGCGAUUUUUUGGAAUUUUUUUUUCUAAAAUGUGUUUUUACUUGCUUAAUUUGACGGUACUUUGGUGGAAAGGUAAAUGUUUUUCUUCAAUAUAAUCAAGAGUUUCAAUUGCUGUAUUAAAUUAUCCACUUACAUCUGCAUACACCAAAAGAAGUUUUAUCACCUAUGGACUUAUUCAUAUUCAUAUAAUUUGAUCAGUUCUAAAUGAACAUAUUAUAAAGUAAGUUUAUAUUAAACAUUAUUUGAAACUUGAAUGUAAUAUGUUGGAAAAAGAUCAAGAAGAUGAAGUAGAAAUGAAUUAAGACACGAUUUAAGUUUAUCUGAUUAUGUUUAUGAAGUUUCAACCUUUUUUUAGUUAUUAUAAUAACUUAAUUAUAAAUGGUUUAUUUUUCUUUUUCUAAAUUGUAUAAUUUGCGUUAAUCUACUUUGGUUAAUAAAAUAAAAAAUACAAUUAUUACCUAGGUAUACUUAAUAUCCAAAACAAGGCUGUUACUGGGAUAGUCCAGGGGUCCAGAACCCCCCCCCCUCGAAAUGGUUUUAAAGUAAAACAAUUUUGGUAGUGAAUAUAGUUUAUUUGUUAUAAUUGUAUAAAGCUGUAAUUUGAAAUAUGGUAAAGUGCUGAUAGUUCGUAUAUUUAUAGUAUUUUUACAAAGUAGGAAUACACUAAUUAUUCGCUAAAUGGUAAAUAGGUAUUCGCCCUAAACCUCCGUAUACCCUCUGAAACACCACUGAUAUUCAUAAACCUAAAAAAACCAAAUAAAAAUUACACUUUUUCAAAAUUGUUUUUAUAAUUGUAGUAAUCUAUAAUACUCAAUACAAAAAUACCUAUAUAUUUUGACGACGACGGGACAUUUGUUUAGUAAUUUUAAUAUUAUGUUUAUAGAUAAAAAUAUUGGUAAUAUAUUAUUUUAUUAUAAUACUGAUUGUAUAAUUUUUAGGAUGGAGGUGUCUCAAGGUUUUCACUCAUCUUCUAAAUAUUUAGCAGGUGGAUUUCGAUUGACAAAAACAGAAUUGACUGCAUAUGCAAUAAUUUCUUUUCUCGUGAUAUUAUGGUGUAAUUACAAAUGGAGUCGCAGACGCUUCGAAAAAUUGGCCGCCAGAAUGACUGGUCCUCCGGCAUACCCGAUUAUAGGCUCAGGACUACAGUUUAUCGGCACGCCUCAACGUAAGAUGAACAAAAAACUCUACCUAGUAAAUAAAUUUGUGACAUAUAUGCGAUUUUAAUAUUUUCAGAGGUCAUGGAAAGAAUAAUUAAAUUGUAUGACACAUUUGGCCCCGAACCGUUUAAAAUAUGGUUGGGUACGUCUUUAGGUGUUACAAUUAACAAACCAGAGGAUGUUCAAGUAAUUAUAUUGUUUGAAGAAUUUAAUACCUAUAUAAAAAAGUACAUUACAAAGUACAUACAAAGUAAUUUAACCGUUUAAAAAAAAUGUGUUUUAUUCCAGCAAACAUUUCUUUUGGCUAUUGAAAAAUUCCCGACAACUUGAUAUAAGUUUCAUUAUAAGUUGUUAUUAUGUCUCUACACAAAUAUCGUAAAUCAUUAUUAGCCACAAUUUUUUUACGAAUUGCGUAACUAAAAAAUUAAUACAAUUUUCAGGUCAUUAGAUUUUUUAAAACAUGAUUAACCGAACUUUUUUUGUUAGCAAUGAAUUAUUGUUGCGUAUAACUAUAAAUUAAAUUACUCUAUAAUUUAUAUAGGGAGAUAAAUUCUCGAUGAGACACUCUGAAAGUACUAAUUUUGUUCGGAUUUGUUUUUUUCUAAAAUGUAUGAAACAAUCAGUUCUGUUAUAAUUCGUUAUUUUUUGCCAACCUUUUUUUUAGGGAUGAAACCACUACCCACUUUUAAUUUUCAAAUAGCCACCUUUGUUAAAAAUUUCCAUAAAUAGAUAAAGUUCUAAUUGAAAUAUGUUAACAAUUUUAAUUUUCAUCAACCCGAUGAUUAGAUAUUAUACUAUUAUUUUGAUUGGAAGUAAAGUAGUGCUUCACUAUUCUCCCCUACCAACAAACCGGUAAUCUUUUAAAUACCUCGCCAAUCGGUUGACGGAAAUUAAUGAAUAGAAAACAAAAAUGUAUUCAAACUAAAUUUCUGGGAAUCGUUCUAAAAUAUUGGUUUUACUAAGAUGUUUAUAUUUUUUUUUUUUAUAUACCGUGUAUAAAAAUUCUACCAUAAAUCUGGCUUUGAUAUAUACGCACAGCAUUAUUCUGAAAAGGAAUGUUAUCCAGAUGGUACUUUUGGGAGGUCAUUUUUUGAUUUUCCAAGCGAUAUUCAUAAUAUCCUUUGAAAAACCAGGAUAAAACGUAAGGAAAAUUUAGGGGAGAGUAGUGGUACAUUCUUAAAACGCCGCGCACUAUGCCACCACACAAAUGUUGCUUCACACUCACCCUUGACCAAAACUUAAAAGUGGAAUAUUUCGUCAACGGAUUGACAGAAAUUAAAAACUGAAACACCAAAAUUUAUAUUUACUACUUCUCUAUAUAUUUAUAAAUGUUUUAAUAUAGGUUGCCAUUUAAAAAUUCUUAAAUUAGAUGGUAAUUUCAUCCACAAAAAUUAGGGUUACAAAAAAUAACAUAUGUAAAAUUGCAUAAAACUAAUGUCGAAAAAAGCAAAUACUUUCCGAAAUAAUGAGUAUCUUAAGAUAGAUUGAUCACUCCGUAGAAAUCGAAUUUUAUCAAAACCAAUUUGUUCAUAAUAUUUUACUAUAAAAGUCGUUUUAAAAUUUUCUUACUUAUAAAUAUAUUUUAUUUAAGUAUUGUAGGAGUUUUGGAGACAAAAUUUUGGGAAUAAUUAUGACAUCAUAAACUAAUAAUUUGUUUUAGUUCGUUCAAAGUAUUAAAUUAUUUCAGAAUUAAUAUACAGCAUAAUUUAUUUAUUUUCAUUUUUCAGUAUAAAAUAAAAUAAAAGAUACAAAGUUAUUUUUUACAUGACUCAAUAAUAGAAACUUUUUUCCAACAAUUUGUUAGCCUAUGUCGAUUGCCGAUGAUAAGCUGCCGACGUGGAUUAAAAUAGAAUCCAUAAUUGUUUUUGCAGUAUAAUUGACAACUGGUUGUGAACAAGUUAUUAUCUUUUAUUUUCGUUUAUUUUUGGAAUAUGAAAACGCAUAAACUUUGUUAAGAUAAUGAAUAUUUGAUAUCAUUAAAAAAAAAUCCUAUAAGACAACAAUAUUAUGUCUACUAUAUUUUAAAAUCGACAACUAAAUUUUAAAACCAUCAAAAUCUUUAUACCUAACUGGACCCAUAUAACCUCAAUACAGAAGACGGACCAACCGGCAAUUUCCGGCUAGUUAACCGGGCUAGUCCACCGUUGCUCUCUCCAGUGUACCCCACACCCUACACAAUUAUUAAACAAAAUAAUAAACUUUUUAAAAUUGAAUUAUAAGUAUAAGUAUAAAAAAUUAAUCUUAAGUAAUGUUAAACCGGAUUUUUUCAGAUUGUAUUAAAUAGUUCCAAAGCUCUGGCCAAAGACCCGUUUUACAAGUUUUUCAGAAAUACUGUAGGGGAAGGCUUAUUCUCGGCUCCAGGUUAGUAUACAUAAGAUAUGGAAUAAAUAGUAAAUAUUUAGUUUGUAAUUUAUAAUUUGUUUUAAAAAAGUUAAUAUGCUAAAAUUAAUUUUAAAAAAUCCUUGUAUAGUCAUCGAUUGUAACUCUUCUUCCAUCUGCCGUUUGCAUUUGUUAGUUAAUAUUAGUUUUAUAAUGAAAAAUUGAAUGUAAUAAAAUUAAUAAAUAAACGAAAAGUUAUAUUGUAUUAUUAUUAUUAACUCGAGGACCCUGUCCUUUGCUCACUUCGAUCGCCAAUCUCCGUGAUUCAUAUAGUAUAUGAUUUAUCAAUAUUUUGAAGGAUUAGGAAGUAUAAAUAUCAUUUUUUAUAUAAUAAUUGGUUGUUGUAUCUAAUUUUAUUAUUUAUAGUUAUUAUGUUAAAAAUACUUCUAAUUAUUUACAGUUGAUAAAUGGCGAAGACACCGCCGUAUAAUUACUCCCGUGUUUAACGCAAAUCUUCUGGAACAAUUUUUUCCAGUGUUCAAUGAGAAAAAUAAAAUUCUUAUUAGAAAUCUAAAGAAGGAAAUAGGUAAAAGUGAACCGUUUGAUCUCUGGGACUAUAUUGCAGACACUACUCUCGAUAUAAUUUGUCGUAAGUUUUCAAAUAAUAAUUUCAACCUAUCUACAGUAGUAAUCUGUAGCAUACUCAGGAUUUUUUAAUGGGGAGAGGCUAUACUAAAAAACUUAACUAAAAAAUAUUUUUGCAAAAUACAUAAUUAUUUAGUAAGUACAAUAUUUUACAUUUAGUUAAAUUAUUAAUACAAAUAUGCAGUGAUUAUUUUGUAUUCAUAAUAAUUUCUUGAUACUGAAUAUUUCAUAUUUUUAUUUAUUUAUGUACUUAAUACGGCUUAUGGUGAUGGGAGGGCUGGAUAAACUGGUAGUAAUAAAAUAUGUACGUACCAAGUCACUUUAUUUUGAUUUUGUUUAUAGAGACCGCAUUGGGCUAUAAUCUUGACACCCAAUCAAAUAGUGAAUCCGAAUUUGCCGAAGCUCUUACAAAGUAAAGCAGUAAAAUAUCUCAAAUAGAUCGAAUUAGUAAUUAACAAUAUUUAUUUUCAGAGCAUCCGAGUUAGACUCAAUGAGAAUUUAUAAACCGUGGUUAUAUCCAGACAUAAUAUUUUCAAUUUACGUAAAACUAACAGGACUACAUAAUAUUUACAAAACGUUACACAAACUUCCAAUCCAGGUAUAAAGGAAGGAAUAUCCUGUAAAUGUAAUAAGUCUCAUUAAUUAUUGAGUAUAUUUUAUUUUAAACAUUUAGGUGAUCAGUGAAAUGAAAAAAGUGUACGCACAAAAUAAAAAAGCAAAAUUAGCGAGUGUCAUAGAUGUUAGUUGUGAUGAGGGUGAGUUAUUGAAGAAUAUUUUCACUAUACCUACAUUCCAACGUCAUAUAAUGUUCUUUUUUUUUAGAAAAACGUCUGAAAGUGUUUUUGGACACAUUAUUGGAAUUAAACGAAACCGGAGCAAACUUCUCCGAUGCUGAAAUCAGAGACGAAGUUGUUACUAUGAUGAUAGGCGUACGUAUAUAUGUUUAAACAAUACAUAGUUAAAUGGUAUAAAUACUUAAAUGAAUUACAGGGAAGUGAAACCAGUGCCAUCACAAAUUGUUUUUGUCUUUUAAUGUUAGCCAUUCACCCAGAUAUUCAAGUGAGUAGAACUUUUUAUAUUGUUUAGUUCGUUUACGUAACACAUUAACACUAGUUUGGGGUUCUUCCAAUUUAAUGUACACUUAGUAAAUUGUAUCAUUGAAAAUUUCAAAUUUGAUGUAUACCUAUUUUAAUCUAUUUUACUAUUAACUUGAUCAAGUGGUACUUAAACUAUACUUUAAGUGCAGCAGUUGCUACAUAUCAUAUUUUGGGUGGAUGUUUCCGGUAAUUGGGAUUGGAAUAGUGUGGUAGAAUGGGUGUAAAAAUGCAAGGUAGUAGAUUGUAGGAGUUGGAAAGUAUAUAUUUACAUGAGCAAAAGUUUUUGAGGUGAGUGUUGAUUUAGAAUUUCAAAUUCUGCUAAACCAUAAAAAUAUAAUUUGAACGUCACUGAAUAUUUCCCUUUUUGACAGUAUUAUUGAUUUGAAAGUAAAUCUCAACUUAUUGCCUGAUUGCAUUUAGUUUUAUUGUAAACAUUUUAGGAUAAGGUUUAUGAUGAAAUUUACAACGUAUUAGGAGAUGGUGACGAAACAAUUACUAUUGAAGAUACUACUAAACUUGUUUAUUUAGAACAAGUUUUGAGGGAAACCCUUCGGUUAUAUCCUGUCGGGCCAUUAUUGCUUCGACAACUCCAAGAUGAUGUGAAAAUUAGUAAGUAUUAGUAUUAAAAUUAAUAAGUAAGUAUAUGAAAAUAAUAAUAAAUAAUUCAUAUUUUAGUUUCUGGUAAUCAUGUAUUGCCAAAAGGAACAACGUGUAUUAUAUCUCCAAUGGCCACACAUCAUCUUCCUGAAUUGUACCCAAAUCCUUGGUCAUUUAAUCCAGAUAACUUCGACCCAGAAAAUAUCAAUAAACGCCAUAAAUUUAGCUUUAUAGCUUUUAGUGGAGGUCCAAGGGGUUGCAUAGGUAUGAAGAUAAACCAUAAAUUAUUUAUACACUCGUAAUUUUAAAAUGUAAAUAAAACCUAAUUAUUUACAGGAUCAAAAUAUGCCAUGUUGUCCAUGAAAGUUCUUAUAUCUACGUUUUUGCGUAACUACAGCGUGCACACUGUCACCAAAUUAAAUGACAUAAAAUUAAAAUUAGAUUUACUAAUGAGAAGUGUCCACGGAUACCCUGUAACUAUUCAGCCGAGAGAUAGAAGACCCACUUAUAAACGAAAUUAA